GUGCCAUUGACUUCAAACAGGAAUGGAAUACACUUUUCCAGAGCAUCCCGUUUUGUCCGGCUUCAUCUAAUUAUUAGUCCACAAGUUGCCGCUUCUUCUCGUUGUCACUCUCCGGCAUGGAUUUUCCCUUUCAUUUUCAUCCAUCAGUCCGCCGGAUUGCGUCUAGAGUAGAGCGUGCGAUCUUGACCAUUUACGUAGACUACUCUUCUUCUCACUCUCAUCCAUAGAUUGAGGGGAAAACAAUCUCACCCGCCAAGUGGCUGUUGGACCCCCGCUAUCUCCUCUAUGGCCAGCCCAACCAUCCAACCAUCCGACCACCACCUCCUCCACCUAAUCAUCACAUUUACCAUCCACCAAGAAAAAUCUGACGACAGUCUGUUACUUCGAAAGUGGGAAUGGACUCGGAAACAGUUUCGCUUUCGUUUUCGACGUCAUUUCCAUAAGCCGGAGAAUUGGGAGUGAACUUCUUUGGAUAUUGAAUUUGACUCGUUUUUUGAACCGUUUGAAAACCUAUAACCGGUGCCGCGUGAUCUUGUAGGGGUGCCCAUUUUGUCAAGUGUUCAGUGUUAACCGUUGGAUGGUUGGUUGGGCAUGAGGAAGAAGACAAAACGGGUCAUCUGAUUCAAACUUUCGCAUAUUUCUAUAAGGUGCUACACUUCCAAUGGGCACGAUGAGGGCCGUCAUCGACUUUGUCACCGUUUGGGCUUUGUGGUGGUGUUUAUUUUCGAACCCUGCCCAAGCGGAUGAGACCACGUGCAUGACAGAUCAUGAAGAAGGCCACAACUUGCAUUUCUUGUGCUUCUGUGAUUCCCCUCGCAAUAUUCCGACCGGAGACCAAUCUAGUCAGAUCUUUAGUCUGGCGGAUUUCGCCUACAACCUUUCCGGAGCCUUUUUCAGCAAGUCUAUUUUCAUUCGCUUUCAAUCCUGUCGACAUCUUCAGAUUCUGUUGGAUCAAAAUGAGCUGUCUCGGAUUGGUUCCAACUACUUCCGACCCAAUAUUCAAAUUCGAGGACUGUCCUUGGAACAUGUGUAUCACGCAGACUUAAAUCGACAUUUAAAUGUGGACAGAGCGGAAGAUUACAUUGAGUUUCCUUCCGAGGAUAUUGUGAUUUCGUCGUUUGCGGUGGCUUUGAUUAAGAUUGAGCGUGGUGCCAGAUUUGCGAACUUGAUUGCCAACUCGAAUUCGACUAAAGUAUUCAUUGAUUUAAAGAAUGGAGGCCAGCUGAAGGAGGAUGACGACUUUAACAUCAAUGGCUUCCAACGUGACCACAUCUACUUCAUCACCAAUACCAAAGAAGACAUUCCACUUUAUGAGGGUGAGGACCUCCACGUAAAAAUGAAAUCUCUUACCGAGGAGAUGCAGGAUCGCUCCCAUAUGUUGUCCCUGGCGCUCAGUCUUUCUACCAUCGUUAUCUUGAUUGGGAUUUUCGGAUUGGUCGUCGUGGCAAACCAUCGUCAGAAGAGGAAAAGACAGCUGAAGGCGAUACUUCGGGCCAAAAACUUGGGCCCUGUAUUGGAAAGUCGGAAGAUCGCCCGAGAGGUCAGCGACAAUUUCCUGCCCAAAUACCGACCAGUGACGAAAUCGUCCAUGAGUUCACUGAACCAUGCUGGUGGUUUAACGUCAGCGGAGAUUGAAGAACGAUCCCACAUGAAAAUCAGCAAAUACAACAAUAUCAACGACUUACUCUCCGGGAUCUUGUACCGUAUUCGGAAAACCGAGUUCUCUCCGGAUUCGUCAAAUCCGUCGAGUCAUAAGCCCUCCACGGCAUCUGAGGUCGCAACCAUUUCCAGCCGCAUCGCCAAAAGGCCCGAAACGUCCUUUUUCUACAAAGAGAGCUCUUUGAGUUGCUCACCUGCUUCUUCUAUGAGUGAACAAGGCGAGGAAGAGGAGGAUAGUGAACCCAAUAGCCCCCGCCCACCCACCUCCUAUGGCGAUGUGAACCAUGAGACGGUUGAAGUGGCCAUUGACAAGGCCACCAAAGAGAGCUCCCGAGAGGAUACGCCCUCAGAGGCGGGAAGUCAAAGCAGUUACGACAAGAAGAAGAUUGCUCAGAAAGUGUUCGUGGACUAUUCCGCUCCUCCACAAAUCUUGAAAUCCUCAGCUUUCCAAGGCGAGCUCAAAGAGAAAUGCAUGACAUUUUUCUCCAGUGUAACACGUGCUCCGCCAUCUCAUCUGGGUGACCUGCCCAUUCAGCCCAGGCCCUCCUCCUCGGCCGGGAAAAAGAGUUUGAAAAGUAUUCAGUCCGAAUCCAGGACGAAACUGUAGCUUAUUAUGCUGGUCGGGAAGGGUGAUGCGGAAUAAACAAUUGUGAAAUAACUACUAAAUCCAAACCAAAUCAAAGAGAGAAAUUAUUCCUAUGUUUUUCGAAUGUUCAAUUAAUAAAAUGCGUCUUAAAGUGGGUAAAC